AACACCCUGCACUAACAAAAGGUGAACGGUCGCCCUGUGCUUUUAACAUGUUCAUUUCGUAUAUAACAUGGCUUUUGGAGGGCAGCACGUGUUAGGGUUUUCUCCCGAUGGAAAACUAUUUGCUCUUAUCAAUGAUCAGGGAAUUCUAAGGAUAUGGGAUACCGAUACCAACGAACUAAAACAGGAAUAUACACCAAAUCUCCAUUUGGCUGGUCCUUGCACGGCUUUGGUGUGGGUUGUUGCCGCGUCUUUCGGCACAACAAAAGACAAAAAGGGCAAAAAGUCAAGGAAAAACAGCGAGAGCAAGGAAUCAACGUUAUACAUUGCGCUGGGCAAUACAAAAGGACAAGUUUCAUUAUAUUCUUACGCUGAGGCUAAGAUUGACCGUAACCUUAAAGGUGAGGGACACAAUGGUAAAAUAACAUCGAUCAUCAAAGAUUCGGAAGGACGUCUCUUUACCUGUGGGGAGGAUUGUCAGGUUGUUGUUUGGUCAUUGACAGACGAACGCCAAUUGUCUUCAUGGAACGUGGGUCCAGAAAAGCCGUAUAUAAUAUCAUUAACGCCUCUAUCAAAUAGCAUAGUUGUCGGCUCAAGAACACUUAAGGUGUAUUCAGUCAAAACAGAAGAAUUAGUGCAAUCCUUCACAGGGCAUACAUCUGAAAUAAAUCUCAUGACCCAUUUUGUUGGCAGUGACUCUUCUGAAUAUAUCGCCACAACGUCCCGAAUGGAGCGUAUAAUAUGUCUAUGGAAAAUUGGUAAAAAAGGCCGUAAUAAAGCGGCCAUAGCCACACUUCUAAUGGAAGAUGUGGGAUAUUGUUUGUCAUGCAACAUAAAUGAUGAAAACAUGCUUCAAAUCUCCAGUGUUACACGUAGUGGCGUUAUACAUGUAUAUGUUUUGGAUCUAGAUAGUAUUAAGGCCGAGAAACCUGUUAAGCCCAAGGUAACAAUCAGCAUUGCUUCAGAUAGUGCUACAGUUAUAGAACCAAUAACAGCAGUGGCAGCUUCGUUACAACAUGCAUCAAGACAGGGCGAGCUUAUAUUCGCGUACGGCGACAAACACUUUAUGGCAUUUGAACAAUUGAAACCGAAUUUCAAAGAGAAAUUGCAGGUGCUUGUUCGAACAGAUCCUCGCAAAGUUGUUAAAAAGAAAAUUAUGGGCAAACGUGGGGAUAUUAGUUCAGAAACAACUCUUAAAAUUCAAACACCAAUUAUCGAUGCCAAAGAUGUUGAUUACAAAUCGUCCAUAACAGUAGUGAAGAAUGUUAAAUCUUCAGACAUGCCAUUGGAAGCUCGAUUAGAAAAUUUGAAUUUAAGUUUAACCGAGGGAAAAGUCAUACCACAGGCGCAAAGUAAGGUGCAGUUGUUGAUACAAUCGUUACACAGCAAAGAUGAAACGUUGUUACGGUCCGUUUUGUGUACAAAAGAUAUGAAAACAAUACAACUAACGCUACAAAAACUCCCAGUCCAAUACGUUGGAACAUUAGUCAAUGAGUUAACGUUGCUUAUGCAGCAGAGACAUACUAAUGUGGAGUACGCCAUGAAUUGGUUAAAGGUUCUCACUCAGACACAUUCUAGCCAACUUUUGGCAUUGGGUUCUGAUGACUUGCUUAAUAAAUUCGGUCCAUGUAUUGGCAUAAUAGAACAUCGAGCAAGUUGUCUAAAGGAAAUGUCAAAACUGAACGGAAGGCUACAACUACUUGUCAGUCAAAUUAAAAGACACAGUGAAGAAGAUCAAGACAAUUUAAAAAGUGAUAGCGUUUUGGUAGUCGCAGAUAAUGAUGACUCUUCAAAUUCGGAUUUCGAUGAUGUCAAUAAUAAAUCGUCCUCAGAUGAUGAAUGGGAAGAGGGAGAUGAAGAUGGUAGUCAAAAAAAUGGAGAUGUUGAUGAUGAUGACGAAGAUGAAGAGAUGGAGACAAUGUAGAUUUAAAGGGAAAUUCAUUAUCAUUUACUUGAUAAGUUGGUCAUAUUAUAAUUAGUUGGUUUUCAAUGUGAUCGGCAGUCGUCCUCCCUUCCCUGAUCAAGGAUUAAUGCAAAUACAUACAACGUAUUUUUAACAUCUAACAAA